AUGAAGCAGUGGAUCAUGUCUGAUGUGAAUAUGUUGGGACAGAGUCAGUUUUCACCGUCCGAGGGAUUUUGUCUCACUGACUCUUCAUUCUUCGAUGUGAUGGCAGACCAACCCAACCUACCCUUGCAAGAUCCAGAUGUCUCUGCCUACGCUCAAUAUCCCAAUGCACCCUUACCAUCAAUGCAGCUGUGCUCCACCAGCCAUCCAUAUUACCCCAGCAACAACUACUACACCCAAUAUUCUGACGCCUGGUACUCCUCAGCUAUGUACGAUGCUAAGAAGCUUCCCUGCGACACCAUCUUUCGUGAAGACCCGGAUGAGUGUGAUAUCCCAGCUACCAAGAAGUCCAGGCUCGGCUCUCUGUCUGGGAAGCUGAAAGGUGAUGAGCUGUGUGUUGUGUGUGGUGACAAGGCCUCAGGAUAUCAUUACAAUGCACUCACCUGUGAGGGUUGUAAAGGAUUCUUCCGUCGCAGUAUCACUAAGAACGCGGUGUACAAGUGUAAGAAUGGAGGGAACUGUGAGAUGGACAUGUACAUGAGACGGAGAUGCCAGGAAUGCCGCCUAAGGAAGUGCAAGGAAGUAGGGAUGCUGGCUGAAUGUCUAUUAACAGAAAUUCAAUGUAAAUCUAAGAGACUAAGGAAAGCACCAACACUGCCUUCUGUACAGCCCAGCCGAGAGACUUUUGACGGAGUUGAUUCCAAACAAGUGACCUCCACCACGAGACACAACAAACAUAAAAUAGAGUUCACCCAGAAGCAACAAGAUCUCCUGAGACAUAUCCUCGAUGCUUUCUCCAAGUAUCGAAUCCCUCAGGAAGUGACCAAGAAGUUGCUACAGCAGAGAAGCAGUGCUGAGGAAAACUUCCUCCUGCUCACUGAAACAGCCACCAGCCAUGUACAGGUGCUUGUUGAAUUCACAAAGAAAUUGCCUGGGUUCCAGACGUUGGACCAUGAAGAUCAGAUUGCCCUGCUGAAAGGUUCUGCCGUUGAGGCCAUGUUCCUUCGGUCGGCUCAGAUGUUCAGCAGGAAGAUCCCUUCCCAGCAGAGUAAGUUGCUGGAAGAUCGAAUUCGUCACAGUGGCAUAGCUGAGGAGUAUAUCACCCCCAUGUUUAACUUCUACCGCAGUAUCGGGGAGCUGAAGAUGACCCAGGAAGAAUUUAGUCUUUUAACAGCCAUCACCAUUCUCUCACCAGAUCGUUCUUUUGUGAAGAAUCGGGAAGACAUUGACAGACUUCAGGAGCCACUGUUGGAAAUCCUCCAGAAAUAUUGCAAACUGAACCACCCAGAGGACCCCCAGCACUUUGCCCGGUUGCUGGGCAGACUCACCGAGCUCAGGACCUUUAACCACCAUCAUUCAGAGAUGCUGAUGUCCUGGAAGAUCAAUGAUCAGAAGUUCACGCCUCUUCUUUGUGAGAUCUGGGAUGUGCAGUGA